GUCUCGUUUCCCUCCGUGACAGCCUCCAACAUGGCAGACUCGGCCCGGGAGCAGAAGCUAGUCGCAGCGAGGAAAAAGCUGCGACAGUUCCAGAAAAAGAAAGGGACCAAGCGUGUGAGUUCAGGCCGAGAGGGAACACCAAGGACGGAGGGCCACUAUUAUUAUGAGGACAAGGCAGCCUCAUCAGAGGGAGGGAUGCUAUCCUCUACCUCCUCCUCCAUCGACCUUGCCUCUGAAGACCUGACAGAGGGUGCUGCCUACCAGAUGGAGAGCCUGGGGGCGGUGCCAGGACAGAGGGAGGAAGCCUUUGAGAAUGGUGAAAGCACACUCUCUCCUCCUGAAUCCUUGCAUGAGGGAAGGGAGGCAAUGGCUACAGAAGCAGAGAGAGAGUCGGAGUCUUGUGUAGCAUCAAGUCCAAGUGAUUCACAGCUUCCCCAAGAGACUAUAUCUACAAAUGAAUCCCAUACAGACACCCUGGGAGGCACUGCACCUGCCAUGAGUAGCCACCAGACAUAUGCAAACAGUUAUGUGGAGUCCAGACCCACAGAUGAGUCCCAUGCAGACACCCUGGUAAGCACUACAGCCGCCAUGAGUAGCCUCCAGACAUAUGCAAAUAGCUGUGUGGAGCCCAGACCUGCUAGUGAGUACUACACAGACAUGAUGGGAGGCUUGAGUAGCCAGAGACAUGCCAAUGAGUACAACCCGGAGACACUGGGAAGCACCUCAGCCACUAUCAGUCACACAUACACCAACAGCUCUGCAGACGGGGACCAGGAAGAGGCCAAAACCCAGUCAUAUGAGGCAGUGCAAUCCGUGGCUGCCCUCAUGCCUGGCACUCUGUCACUCAGCCAGGGCGGAGCUGAGCAGGGCACAGCCAUUGGCACUCCAGCGCCGCACCAGUGGUUGGCGGGGACAGACUCUGGCAAUUUUGAGACACAGGAGGCAGCCCAGGCAUCUCAGGAGGUGCCAGAGAGGGAAGGUUCUGUUAGUUCCGUCACCACCGCCAGUGUCACCACAGCGAUCCAUGUGCCUGUUGGUGAGGGCUUGGAUCACGCUCCUGUCCUCAAGUCCUCCUCUGAAAGCCUGCGCCAGAUCUCCCUCCAGCUGAGCGGCCUUGUCAUGGGAGGCGAGGCUGCGGCCGAGGGAACACUUGACACCACUGUGAGCGAGCUGGAGAAGCGCAACACUGAGCUGGCGGCCUUACUGCACCAGGAGAGAGAGGCGUCACAGCAGCAGGCUCAACACAGCAGCCACUUGAAAAGCCAGCUGGAGAAGGUGGAGGCAGAGCUGGCGGCUGUGCAAGGGGUCCUGAGCUCCUCCACGCGGAGCGGAGGCGUGUGGGAGGUGGAGAACUUGAGGGAGCAGCUUCAGGUCCACAUCCAGACCAUUGGCAUCCUGGUGGCCGAGAAAUCUGAGCUGGACUCCAAGCUGACCCACUCGGACCAUGCACUGAAGAGGAAAGCAGAGGAGGUGAAUGAGCUGGAGGGCCGCCUGAGUGCCUCGCGGCAGCGUGUGAGGGAAGUGGAGGCCAGCCUGGCGGAGGCCGCUUCUCAGAGGGACAACAACUCCUCACUCCUGGAGACUCGCCUCAAAGAGCUGGAGGCAAGCAAAGUGACCAGCUCAAGGACCAACAAGUUGUGUGACGAGCUGAGAGCAGCCGUUGACGAGUUGACUGAGCGGCUGAACGUGAAGACACAGGACUACGACAAACUGUUCUCUCAACUCACUGACACCAAGAGUCAGCUGGCCAUGGCAAACCUCAAUCUGCAGCAGCUGCGUGAUAGCAUUGGCGAGGAGGCCCAGACCCAGCUGGAGAGGGUGGCGACAGAGCACACGGAGACCAAGAGGAAACUGGAGGCAGCUCAGGCGGCACUCACCCAGGCCAGCACCGACAACUCACAGAUGGCGGCACACUACCAGCACUACACCGCCCAGCUGGCAGCACAAACACAGGCGCUGCAGGAACAGGUCACACAGUUGACAUCAGAGAAGGAGGAGAUGGCAGCCUCCCUUCAAGAGACAAAAUCAGCGCUUGAGGCAGCCACCAGACAAGCCAGCCAAGCCAAGGGGGAGGAGCCAGGCCAGAGCAGGGCUGAGCGGGAGCACCUGACACACACCAUUGCCACGCUGCAGGAGGAGAUGUGCCAGCUGAAGGAGCACAACGCUGCCCUGACCAACGACAACAACCAGCUCUCCAAACUCGUAGACCAGCUGUCUAUCAACGUGGAAGGUCUGGAGAUGCAGGUGGAGCGCAACAAGACCAAGGAGGUGGACACGUCACAGCUGCUGGCGGCCAUGCAGAGCGACAAGGUGGCUGCGGCGCGGGCACUGACACAGAACAAGCAACUCAAGGAACAGCUGGAGGAACUGCAGAGUGGCUUCAUCAUAAUGAGCAAUAAGAAGUUAGAAUUGACUGAGAAACUGGAGAAGGAGCUGCACGUCAAGAAAUCGCUGAACCAGGAAAUAUCUGCUUUGAAUGAACAGGUUGCUGAUUUGAGGCAACAGGCAGCGAGGAAGGACCAUGAGAUCACAGCCCUGAGGGAGAACAGUGAGUCCCUAAGUUCUCAGCUGGCCAGCCCCCACAUCCACAGCCACAUGAGCCCAGACAUGGAUCAGCUCACUCAGGAAAACGCAACACUCACCGAGCAAAUUAGGGAGCUGGAAAAUAAACUGAAGCUAUCCAAGGUGGAGAUUGAGGACCUGCAGAAACAGAACGCUGAGCUGCACGCCCUCAUCACAGAGUAUAGAGGCAGUCCCUCGGAGCAGGAGGCAAACCAGCAGGGCACCACCAGUCCAGCUCUGGAUGCUGAGAGCCAGAGGAAGCUACUGGGCAAGGUGGCCAUGCUGACGGGUGCAGUCAGCAAGCUGGAGGCUGAGUGCAACAGUCUGCAGAUGCAGUUGGACUGUGAGAGGGACAAAUAUAAUAAAGUGUUGGGAGAGUCGCUUGCCAAGGAAGACCUGCCGGAGGAUGUGCUAACAGAUGAGUCAAGAGAUAAAACGAGAGACAACGAACUUGAGAAGAAAUUACAGGACCUUGAGGCAGCCCACAUGGUGCUGGAGAGCAGGUUCAACCGCAGCAUGAAGGAGGUGGCUGACCUCAGCGAUGAGAAGCAGCAGCUGGAGCAUGUGGUGCAGCAGCUCCAGCUGGAAACAGAAUCCAUUGGCGACUACAUCACCAUCUACCAGUUCCAGCGCGGGGUGAUGAAGCAACAGGCCCGGGAGCGUGAGCUGGAGCUGUCCAGUCUGUACCAUGAACGAGAGGAGAUGAAGCAAAAACUGUCCACCCUACAGGAGCUGGUGUCGAAUCUUGAACAGGAGAAAGGCACAGGACACGAGCAGGUUCAGAAGAUUAGCCGCGUCUUCCAGCAUCCGCCUGCCGUCGUCAAUGGCAUCAAACCUGAUGAGAUGAGAGAAGGCCUCGCCAGCACUGAGGCGGCUGAGGAGCUGCAUCACCCAGGCCUGGACCAGCAACAGAGAGGAGCAGCAGAGAUUGGUGCAGGUCUUUCCCCACCAGAGCAGGGAACUGAGGCUGUCUCGCUCCUACAAGAAGAAAAUCAAAAUACCCAAAACGAGUCUUCUACCACCACAACUCCCACUGCUACAAAUACCAAGAAGAGUCCAACUGUCCAGAGAAUCCUAGACCUGCUCAAUGAAAUGGAAGCCACCAGCCAACUGGAGCACUGUGGCCUCCAAAAGUUCCACCCGUGUCCGCUGUGCUCAGGUAAACUCAUCACCGUUUGAGUGCGAGCGACGUCACUUACUGUACAGCUGUCAUGUUGGCCCACCUCACUCCAGACUUGAUGGGGCUUACCAGACCCUUCCCAUGCAGUAAGACCCUCUCCUCUCCCGCUUAGUCCAUCACCCACUGCCUUAUCUCUCUGCCAGACCCUUCCCUUGCAGUAAGACCCUCUCCUCUCCCUCUUAGUCCAUCACCCACUGCCUUAUCUCUCUGCCAGACCCUUCCCAUGCAGUAAGACCCUCUCCUCUCCCUCUUAGUCCCUCCCCCACUGCCUUAUCUCCCUGCCAGACCCUCACCUCUCCCUUUCAGUCCCUCCCCCACUGCCUUAUCUCCCUGCCAGACCCUUCCCAUGCAGUAAGACCCUCUCCUCUCCCUCUUAGUCCCUCCCCCACUGCCUUAUCUCCCUGCC